CAGCAGGGACGGGGCACGGGGACGCAGGGACACCUGGGAUGGCACGUGGGAACCUGCUGGGACGCGCUGGCCACGGCGUGGGCGCUGGCGCUGCUCUUCGGGCUGCCCCAGGUCGGCAUCUUCGGGCAGCGCGAGGUGGCCCCGGGCGAGAGCGACUGCUGGGCCACCUUCGCGCAGCCCUGGGGCGCCCGCGCCUAUGUCACCUGGGUGGCGCUGGCCGUGCUGGUGGCACCCGCCGUGCUGCUGGGGGUGCUGCUGGUGGCCGUGGCCCGCGCGCUCCGGGGGUCCCCCGGGGGUCCCGGGGGGCUCGGGCGGGCCCGGGCCAAGAGCCACCGCAUGGCCGUGGUGGUGCUGGGCGUGUUCGUGCUCUGCUGGAGCCCCUUCUUCUGCGCACAGCUCUGGGCCGUGUGGGACCCCCGAGCGCCCCGGGAAGGGCCCGCGUUCACCAUCCUGAUGCUCCUGGCCAGCCUGACCAGCUGCACCAACCCCUGGAUCUCGGCCGCCUUCAGCGCCAGCCUGGCCCGGGCCAUGGCGCGGCUGCUGUGCCCCUGCCGCCGCCGCGGGGACACCGGGGACACCGGGGGACAUCACUGAC